AUGAAUCAAUUUGAAUCCAAUGAGGCGAGAAUUUUAUACUUAAUCUAUACUCUCUAUUAGAACAAUACAAUCUCUUUAGAUUAGAAGGGCAUACUAAAAGGUACUAAUAGUGUAAUCGUAACAGAUUAUUUAAUCACAAAAGGUAAUGGCAGAUUCAUGAAUGCGAUAACUUCAUUUGAGCAGUCCAAAGAUAUUGAUCAAUUAUCUCAAUUCCUUAUUUAAUUUGUUGACAUGGAGAACUCAUUAUCAGACUAUGUUUCAGUGGAUUCUUACAAAACAAUAAAGUCCUCGAAACCAUGUGAGUUAUUAAAGGAAACUACUUAGAGUUCGAAUACAAAUUCUAACCAAUAUAUACUAUUUUCGCCUGUCUUGAUUCAGAAAAAGAAUAGAGACGCAUAAUUUAUUUCUAGGAAAGAUAGAAAAUACUUAACUUAAAUAUAAUGA